CAAUUUUUCAGAGCUGCCCUGUCCUCCUCCCGACUGAGAGCAUCCAUCCGCCAUCCUGCCAGCUGCUCUUCUUCAGCUGUGGGGAUCCGGCUGGGAGCAGACGACUUCGUUUUUUAUACAGCAGAUUUCCCUCACUAUGGGCUCCCUCACUGGUCUUCAUCGUGGGCUCUUGCUCAUCAUAGCAAGUGGAUGGGCUCUGGUGUCCAGUCACAGCAUACGCUCCCCAGACCAAGUAUCUGAGGCUGAUAUUCAGCGACUGCUGCAUGGAGUCAUGGAACAGCUGGGUAUAGCUCGGCCCAGGGUGGAGUACCCCGCUCAUCAGGCCACAAAUCUUGUGGGACCACAGAGUAUUGAAGGAGGUGCUCACGAAGGCCUUCAGCACUUAGGCCCUUAUGGAAAUAUUCCGAACAUUGUGGCGGAGCUGACUGGUGAUAACAUUCCCAAAGACUUCAGUGAAGAUCAGGGCUACCCAAAUCCACCCAAUCCAUGUCCGUUGGGAAAAACAGCUGAAGACGGAUGCCUGGAAAAUUCACCAGACACGGCGACGUUUAGUAGGGAAUACCAGCUUCAGCAGCACCUGUUUGAUCCCGAGCAUGACUAUCCAGCACUUGGCAAGUGGAACAAGGCGCUCCUUUAUGAGAAAAUGAAGGAAGGACCCAAGAGACGGAGGAGGAGUGUCAAUCCUUACUUGAUGGGGCAGAGAUUGGACAAUGUCGUGGCCAAGAAGUCAGUGCCGCACUUUUCAGAGGAGGACUCCAGUGUGAAGGAUUAGUUUGUUUCCCUUAGCGUUGGCAUAUGUCUUGUUGCCAUACCACCCUGUAUUUUCUUUACUACUGUUUUAUGCCCACCUCCUUGGUCUGUCUUUGGACCAUCACAGGAAAUGGCCUCACGCCACUUUCUGUUGCACUGUCCCGACUUACUGAUUUCCACCAAGUUUCUCUGAAGUGCAGUAUUCUAUGUAACAAAAAAGAAAAUAAAUGUAUUUCACCGUA